CAUGCUUUGAUGAGUAAAAUGAUUCCAGUUAAUUAGGAUAUACAAUCAUUCCAAUUACCUUUGUCUUCUGUGAUAGGGGAUACCUGUACUCUUUUUUGCUCGCAGACAACCCGGCGACAACCUGCCAGCAGCUUGUGUAGUCGUCCUUAAAUUAACCUCUAUUGCUAUAGAGACUUGUAAAGGACGUCGUUAGAGGAAGUCAAAACGUCAACAAUACCAGCAUCGGCCCUCGGAACAGUGAAUAUAUAAAAAGGAGAAGGCACACGGGCUAGGAUAUUGAAGAUAAUACCUUUCUUAUUAGUACAAGCGGAGCCCGGUAGACGACACUGCAGAACCGAGCACCUACGCGUAGUUGGCUGCCGGCAAGCGCUAGCAAGCAGCAGCAGCCAUGGAGUGCUCAUGUUCUUGUGCGCGAGCGUCUGGCAUUGCCAUGCGCAUCGCGAUUUUCUUCAACUUCGUCUUUGGCAUAGCCUUCAUUGUCUUCGGUUGUAAAGUGCAGAAUCCGCCCAAAGAUUUUGCUCCUGUAAUGUUCGUUAUUAUGGGGACACUCAACAUGUUCGCCUCGCUGCUUGGCUUCUGGGGUAGUUAUCACAAGAAGCGCGUGCUGGUGGGGUUCCUGGCGUGCGGCGGCUUCUCCAUCAUCCUGCAGAUUGCCCUCAUCACGGCGCUGCUGUUCGCGUUCGAGUCGGUGGUGGGCAGGAUCGCAUCGCCCUCGGAGGACAAGGCCAAGUACGACAAGGUUGCCCACCAGCUGAGCGUGUCCCGCUGGGUGGCCCUGGGCUUCCUGGCAGUGGAGCUCUUCACGCUCACCAUGGCGCUGCUGCUGCGCUUCGUGAUCCAGGAGGAGCAGCCGUACAACAGCUUCGACCCGGAGAGCGCGCAGCAGCGGACCAACACGCUGUCCUCGCUGGCCAAGGACAUUGAGCGGCUGGCCAGCAAGUCCAAGAGCAUGGGCGAGCGCGCGUACGACAAGGUUCGCAACAAGAUGACGGCCAAGUACGGCCAAUAUUCACACGCCGACUCGGACUGGCGCAGCAAGACCAAGGUCAGCUGGCGCACCUGAACAGCAGCCGCCGGGAGCUGCAGCCCUCGCCUGCGUCGUGAUGGGGCCGGCGCGGCGCGGCAGCUAGCAUAGGGAUGACUAGGAGGCGAGGAGGCUUCAUGGAUGAGGUGUGCGAUGGCACGGGUACCGGUAGCUCCGGGGCUGUAAAAUGGGUUGGAGGAUCGGUUGCAAGCUGUGUUCGCGCGCGUGUGGUGGUAUGGCUUCACUGGUGAUGAUUUACAGCAUGCAACACCGGGAGGUGUGCUGUUGGUCACAUCUCUUGGUUACGUGCCAUGAAUCUGGGGGCGUGAUCCCAAUGCGUGACGCUGUGUUAGGCGGCGCGUGGCAGUGUGUGGCGGGGGGAGAAGCAUGCUGGGCGGAUGUCCUCCUAGCGGGGGCCGUAGUAUUGGAGGCCGAGAGCUUUGGGGUCCGGGGCGAGCAGCAUAAGGCACAUACACCGUGUUUAUUCAAGCAUUGGUGAGAAUGCGUGUUCACACGCUUCACCACCUCCCACAUCACGGGCACAUCCCCCGUGAUGAACAGCUAUUUGGCCCCUCUUAAGGGGAUGACAAAAGGCGUGGAACGGUCAGCCAUUCCGACAUACAUAAUAAAAUCACUUAAUGCAAGGCC